AUGUCAUCAAGGGUUGUGGCUAAAGUUCAUUUACUAAGCAUUAGAUGCAUGUUUCCUUCAAGUGGUAUUAGAGCCAGGUCUAGUCUCUUUGAGCCUUUUAUUUUGGGAUACCUUGAAUCUUUGGGUUCAGUCCCUAUGCCCACUUGUGAAUCAUGUCUUCAAGGCAAAAUGUCAAACUUGCCUUUUUCAGGAAAAAGGGAAAGAUUCACUGAGCUUCUUGAAUUAAUCCACACUGAUGUAUGUGGGUCAUUGUCCACUACAUCAAGGGGUGGCUUUUCUUACUUCAUUAUGUUCAUCGAUGAUUACUCUCGGUUGGGCUAUGUAUACCUAAUACAGUAUAAGUCCGAGGCCUUUGAAAAGUUCAAACAAUUCAAGAAGGAAGUUGAAAAGAAAACAGGAAAGAGUAUCAAGAUUCUAAGAUUAGAUCGAGGAGGAGAAUACUUGAGUACUGAGUUUCUUGAAUAUCUCAAGAAACAUGGCAUCCUAUCUCAGUGGACUCCACCUGGAACUCCACAACUUAAUGGUGUCUCCGAGAGGAGAAACCAAACAUUGAUUGCUAUGGUCCAAAUUGCAGCAUACUUGCUAAACAGAGUACCUUCCAAAUUUGUGCCCAAAACACCAUAUGAAAUGUGGUUUGGGAGGAAGCCAAGUCUUAAUCAUCUUAAGAUAUGGGGUUGUCCAGCUUAUAUUCAUUGGAUAUCCAAAGGAAAAUACUACUUCUACCAUCCAAACGAACAAAAGGUGUUUGUUGCAAGAUCUGCAAGAUUUCCUGAGAUUGAUUUUGCAUUGGAUGACACCUGUGUGCAAAAGGUUGAGCUCAAGGAAGAGUCUGGAGAGCCUCAUGAACCUGAAGUAGAGUUUGAUCUAGUUGACAAUCCAGUCCCUUUACCCACACUCACCCAACCUCCACAUAGGUCUGAAAGGAUCAAUAGAGCACCUGAUAGAUAUCUGGGCUUACACCAUGUUCUUCUCAUGGGGGAUGGCAUGGAAGAUCCUGAAAUCUACACGAAGGCAAUGUUGGACAUUGACUCAAAGAAAUGGUAG